GUUGCCUCUGAUCGGGAGCUUCGUAAAAUCCACUAGCAACAUUGCGAAUAUUUUGCGUUUGGAAAUCAACAUUCGCGAUCGCAAUGCGACGAAAUCAUUGAAACGUGUCCAUCGAUCGACGUCGAUUUGAUUGUUACAAUGGAUUAUGCAAUGGGAUGGACCAAAUACAAUUUAAUACUGCUGGGCGUGUGGCCAGACCCGAGGUCAGAGCAUUCGCAGCAAAUAUCGUCACUCGUGUUCUGGUCGACGGUCUUCGUGACGGUGAUGUUCGUCACCGCGCCUCAAAUGGCCUAUCUGGUCUUAAGGUCGACGAAUCUCGACGAGGUGAUCGAGAAUCUGUCGAUCAACGUGCCCAUUAUGUUCGCUUUGUCGAAGCACGUCGCCCUGCGUUAUCACAGGAGGGAAUUGGCACUGUUAGUUCGCGAAAUAGUGGACAACUGGUCCGGACCGCUAUCGAAAUCGGACCGUCAAUUAAUGUUGAAGAACGCAGAGAUGAGUCGUUCGAUAUCCAUCGUCUUGUCGAGUUUCGCCUACACGAUGUACUUCGCGUUCGUGGUCCUGCAAGUGAUGAGCAGCAUCCAGAACUCUUCGAAAGCCGAUUUGAAGGGGCUUCUACACCCGUCGAUCUUUCCUUACGACACCGGAAAGAGUCCGAACUUGCAGAUCAGCUGGCUGGGUCAGUUCAUAGGCACCGGAUCGAUGGCACUUUGCUACUCCAGCUUCGACACGUUGCUUGCUAUCCUCGUGGUACACUUGUGCGGACAAUUAUCCAUUCUCAGGAACGCUCUGGAGGACCUGGCCAACAGAAACCAUCAAGCGAAAUUCAAGGAAAGGCUGGUCUACGUCGUGCACAGGCACAAUGAGCUGUCGAGGUUGGCCGUGAUACUAGAAGAAUGCUUCAACGUGAUGCUGCUUGUGCAAACCAUGAUGUGCACGGUGAUGUUGUGUAUGACUGGAUAUCGUUUGAUAAGUUCUAUCGACCACGAGGAGGAGAGAGUACCUAUCUACGUAAUGGUCUUUUGUUUUAUGCACGUGAUAUCCACGAUGCUACAUUUUUUCACUUACUGCUUCGUGGGUGAGAUGCUCGUUCGAGAAAGUACCGGAAUUGCUCAGUCAGCGUACGAUAGUAUCUGGUACGAUCUACCGCCGAAACAAGCAGCUAUGAUGAUUAUUAUAAUACAUCGGGCAGGAGUGUCGUUAAAGCUAACUGCUGGAAAAUUUAGUCCUUUCUCCUUAGAACUUUUUAAUUAUGUUUUAAAAACUUCCGCCGGAUAUCUGUCGGUUUUACUGGCAAUGAAAGAUUAAUGCAUAAGGAUAAGUAACCCUUAAUUGAUUUCCAACAAGUGUUUUGAUAUUUUUCGUGUAAAUACAUAAACACUUAUGUAUUUCAUAUAAUUGUAACCGGCAGAAGAUAAGAUUGCAUCGUUAACGUCAUGAUUUACUCACUGUUUCCAAAUUUGUUCAAUUUUCGGUUGCAUAAGCUCCCUUGUAUCUUGUGUGUGCAAUAAAUUAUGUCCUCUUGUAACAA